AUGGCUCUUUCUCUCCUCUCUCUAAUUCCUCCCUCUCCCUCUCUUUCUUCCUCCUCCUCUUCUCUCUCCCCUCUUUACUCCUUAUACAACCCCAAAGAAACCCUUCAAACCAACAAAACCACCAUUUUCAGAAGCUCGUGGAACCUAAGAAUUAAAAAGAGGCAACUUAGUCUCAUGGUUUCAAGAAACAGUGGAGGAGAACUAGAUGACAUGGAUGAAGUUCAAAUCAAUAGAAUCGGUAACCAAGACGAAGAAGACGAGGAAAUGACACAAACCCAUUCUUCUUCUUCCUCCCCUGAGAGAUGGGAUGUUUUGGGUCUCGGCCAAGCCAUGGUAGAUUUCUCUGGAGUUGUGGAUGAUGAGUUUCUAAAGAAACUAGACUUAGAAAAAGGAACGAGGAAGUUGAUCAAUCACGAGGAGAGAGGUAGAGUGUUACAAGCAAUGGAUGGUUGCAGUUAUAAGGCUGCAGCUGGAGGUUCCUUGUCCAACACUCUUGUUGCUUUGGCGAGAUUAGGUUGUCCUUCCAUCACUGACCGCCCUUUGAAUGUAGCUAUGGCUGGUAGUAUUGCUGGUGACCCUCUCGGUAGCUUUUACAGGACUAAACUACGGCGAGCAAAUGUAAAUUUUCUUUCUGCUCCAAUUAUGGAUGGAACAACAGGAACAGUGAUUGUUCUCACAACUCCUGAUGCUCAACGUACCAUGCUUGCAUAUCAGGGAACAUCUUCUGUGGUUAGUUAUGAUUCUUGUUUGGCUAGUUUGAUAUCCAAGACAAAUGUCUUUGUUGUGGAAGGCUACUUGUUUGAGCUUCCUGAUACUAUAAGAACCAUAACUAAAGCAUGUGAAGAAGCUCACAGAAAUGGAGCUCUUGUUGCUGUUACUGCAUCAGAUGUGUCUUGCAUAGAAAGGCACUAUGAUGAUUUCUGGGACAUUGUGGGCAACUACGCAGACAUUAUAUUUGCCAACAGUGAUGAAGCAAGAGCGUUUUGUCACUUCUCAGCAGAGGAAAGCCCUAUUUCAGCAACAAGGUACUUGAGCCACUUUGUCCCAUUUGUUUCAGUGACCGAUGGAAUCAACGGGUCAUACAUUGGAGCCAAAGGAGAGGCUAUAUACAUUCCUCCAUCGCCUUGCGUGCCAGUUGACACGUGUGGUGCUGGAGACGCAUACGCUUCAGGGAUCUUAUACGGUAUCUUGAGAGGUGUCACUGACUUGAAAGGAAUGGGAGAGUUGGCUGCUACGAUUGCAGCCACUGUGGUUGGUCAACAAGGAACCAGGCUUAGGGUUCAGGACGCUGUUGAGCUGGCUCGGUCACAUGACUUUCGUCUCAACAGUGUUGGAACUGAUGUUGGGUCUUGAUCAAGUCUCACUAGCUUUGAUUGGUUCUUUCUUUCAAUGUAGUAGUGCUUUUGCAAUUAACUUGUAAUCUCUUUUUUUUCAUCUAGUGGAAAACGUUGGAAUAUUUGUUGUAUGUAACAUUUUAGUAUAUAGUGUCUUUUCAGUAUAUGUACAAAAUUUUCUAACAGAGUAUGAAACUGUUAUGCUGGAUGCAUUUUAAAAUUAACAUUUU